UACAAGUGUUGCCAAUAUUGUGUGGGUCAGCCCUUAACAGCCAAUGGAAACCAAAAGAACAUGAGAUUUCCAUUCAACAGUAAUGCAAUUCUUCAACAUGGCAUUAGAAUACACUAGAUCCUGGUUAGUUUGUCUGGCCUUUUUAUUAAGCUACAGCUGCACCGUAGAAUCUAAGCAGAGAAACGUGCUACUCAUCAUAGCUGACGAUGCUGGCUUCGAGACAGAGGUUUAUAACAACACAGUGGUUCGCACACCUCAUCUCCGCGCUCUGUCGCAGCGCAGCUUAAUAUUGCAGAACGCAUUCACAUCGGUCAGCAGCUGCUCCCCAAGCCGAUCCACCAUCCUCACAGGGCUCCCACAGACUGUUUAUAGAUACUGCUACCCAAAGGCUCAUCAGCUAUGGGGGAGAGUUCCUGAAAGUGAAGGGGCACCUGCCAUCUGAAGUCAUCAAAAUGGCAUGUAUGGUCUACAUCAGGGUUACCAUCAUUUCAACUCAUUUGAUGGUGUCCAAAGUCUCCCUCUGCUCCUGCAACAAGCCAACAUCCGCACAGGUAUUAUAGGGAAGAAACAUGUUGGUCCUGGGUUGGUUUACCCAUUUGACUUUUCCUACACUGAGGAGAACAGUUCUGUGCUUCAGGUGGGAAGGAACAUCACAAAAAUCAAACUUCUGGUACAUAAAUUUUUGUGGAGCCACAAAGAAGAGGAGCGUCCAUUUUUCCUUUAUGUGGCAUUCCAUGACCCACACCGUUGUGGUCAUUCACAACCACAAUAUGGUACCUUCUGUGAAAAGUUUGGGAAUGGUGACAGUGGAAUGGGACGUAUUCCAGACUGGGAGCCUAAGCACUACAGCCCAGAUCAGGUUAAGGUGCCUGAUUUCAUCCCUGACACCCCAGCUGCAAGAGCAGACCUGGCUGCCCAGUAUACCACUAUUAGCAGACUGGACCAGGGAAUUGGGCUGGUUCUGAAGGAGUUGCGGGAGGCCGGGUUUGAGGAAAACACCCUUGUCAUUUACAGCUCUGACAAUGGGAUCCCAUUCCCUAAUGGGAGAACAAACAUGUACAUGUCUGGAGUGGCCGAGCCCAUGCUUGUGUCAUCACCAGAGCACAGGCAGCGCUGGGGGGAGGUCAGUGAGGCCUACGUAAGCCUCCUGGAUGUCACCCCUACUAUCUUGGAUUGGUUCUCUGUUCCCUAUCCCCUCUAUAGCCUCACUGGGGGACCACUAGUCCAGUUAACAGGCCGGUCUUUGCUCCCUGCCCUAAGUACUGAACCAACAUGGUCUACUGUGUUCUUCAGCCAGAGCCUGCACGAGGCCACCAUGUAUUACCCCAUGAGAUCUGUAUACCAGGGGCCCUUCCACCUAAUUCACAACCUCAACUAUCGGAUGCCCUUUCCCAUUGACCAGGACUUAUAUGUGUCACCCACUUUUCUGGACCUGUUGAACCACACCCAGGCAGGGCAACCAACAGGUUGGUUCAAGACAUUAAGGGAUUAUUAUUACCGUGAGCGCUGGGAACUGUAUGACACACAAUCUGAUCCAACAGAGACCAAGAACCUUGCAUCAGACCCCAAUCACCUCAAUGUUCUAGAGACACUGAAAGCCCAGCUGCUGAAGUGGCAAUGGGCAACGUCAGACCCAUGGGUGUGUAGCCCAGAUGCAGUGCUGGAGGCCAAAAUGGAGCCACAAUGUAGGACACUAUGUAAUGGGCUGUGAGACCUUAAGUACCCACAAGGUUAUGAAAAAAAGGACAUUUUUAAUGUUAUUUUUGAAUAAUCAGUGUUUGACGAAUAAUUAAUCUACACAGCCUACAGUUGCAUUAGACAUAUUUUAUUAUAACAAAGGAAUUAACUGACACACAGGUAGACUUGACACACAGGUAGACCUGUGUAUUUAAUUACAGAUAAAUGUAAUGACGGUCUUUUUUUCUUACCAAACAAGAUGUGGCCUUAUUAUUAUCUGCUUAGUUAGCCUAUAGCCUAGAUGUUGCUUAUGUGGAUGUGUUUUGGUAAAUUGAUUGAACCUGUACAAUCUGCCUGAAACAAUUUGUUAGUGUUUUCUUUACUGUUAUAAGAGCUGAUCAUUGAAUGAAUCGGCUAUGCAGCUUUCAAUAAGAAUUCAUAUUAUUUGCGUUUUGACAGC